AACCAACCAGCUGACAACAAUUGCCUUCAAUGUGCAACAUCGACCAUCUGCCCUACUUCCGCGCCCAGCUGGACCAGGUACUCCAGCGGGAAGGUUUCACCCCAGGACUUUGUUCCGUCGAAACCGGUGCCGGUUCCGCCCUUAGCGAUGGCUUCAUGAGCGGGAUGGUGAGGGUACGCGUUCGCGAAGCAGGUCGGCCCGAGUUGGUGCUGCUGUGCAAGGUUCCGCUGGAGAACGCGGCGAGACGGGCGCAGGCCAUCGGGCUGUUUGAGCGGGAAGUUCGCGCGUACAACGAGCUGCUUCCGAUGCUGGGCGAGUUCCAGCGGGAGCGUGGAGUGCGCGAAGGGGAUGGGUUCUUCAACGUGCCGCGGUGUUUUGGGGCGUUUUGCGUGCCGGAACGGCUGGAAGCUAUGCUGAUUUUGGAGGAUUUGCGGGAGCGCGGGUUUCGGAUGUGGAACAAGUACGAGCCGGUGGAUUUGAAGCACACGCAGUUGGUGAUGGGGUAUUUGGGGAAGCUGCACGCGGUUUCGUUCGCGUUGCGGGAGCAGAAGCCGGAGGUGUUCCGGGGGUUGGCUAGUUACAAGGAUUCGAUGCUGACGGUGCUGGAAGAGGGUGACUUCUUCGUGAAUAUGUUGAGGAGCAUGUGUGAUCGGGCGGUGGGGACGUUGGAGGUUCACGAGGAGUUCUACAGGGAGAAGGUGCUCGACUUGCAGACCAAUCUGAAGGAGGAGAUCAAGCGAUGUGUUAGCGCGGAGUUUGCCGAGCCGUACGCCGUGGUUGGUCAUGGAGAUUGCUGGAUCAACAACUGCAUGUUUACCUACGAGAGUGAUGACACAACUCCAAAAGACCUCAACUUUGUUGAUUGGCAAAUCUGUCGGUACGGAUCUCCGGCAAUCGAUUUGGUGUACUUUCUGUUCUUGGGCACCGACGACCAGUUCCGGAGUGAACACUACUCGAACGUCAUCGACGUCUACUACCGAUCGCUGUGCGACCACUUGACCAAGCUUGGCGGAGAUCCGGCGAAGCAGUUCCCUCGGGCGGAACUCAACAAACAGUUGAAAGCGUUUGGAAAGUUUGCGUUUGUGAUGGCCAUAUUGAUCCUGCCCGUGAUUUGUACUCCCAGCGAAGAUUUGCCUGAUCUGGACAAGACUGCGGAGGGGGUCGAGAAGCAGGACGGUGGAUCUUACCAUAUCGGCGCUAACAGUGAGGUUGGCGAAUCGCGGUACCGUAAGCGGAUUAGCGGGGUGAUUCGGGACCUGGUGCGGUUUGGGUAUUUGUAAUUAUUUAGAAAUGAAGCAAAUAAAACAAACUUUAAGCGCUCCAAUUUUGUUAAGUAGUCGCGCGAACCUCAUAACCUUCCAAUGCAGGCAAUAUAUCAACUAAUAAUGAGUUAUUUAUCACCGUAAUUAGCUUUUAUGGCCGUAAUCUUAAAUUAUAUGCAAUCGCAAAACUCUGACAAUCCAACCAACUCUGGGUAGAGAACUCCCACUGGAGAAUAAAAAAGGUGCGCUUC